AGACGGUAAGACUCGACUUCCUUCAGGUAGAGCUCACGAUUCGGUGACCCACUGUAGGAGGGGGUCGGUUGCCUAUGUUUUCAGGUAUACUGAGAAUGGGAAAAGCGAGAGCUGGUUGCUGAUAUCUGCAAAAGAAAUCUUCCUUCACUGUCUGCAUUUCUUGAGCUGGGAAAGUGCCGAAAGAGGCCUAUGGAUCCAGGGGGAUAAUCCAGCACCAAGCAUCUCCCAGCAAGCUGAACAAGAAGAAUCAGUGCCAUGACUAAACCGGAGAGAUUUUUAAAACCUAUGGGUGAGGCGGAGGCUCUUGCAGAUUUCUACUAUUAUGAGGAAGAACAAAAAAGGGAAAAAGCAGCAAACAUAAUUCAAAGAUGCUGGAAAAGAUGGCUGGAUGUCGGUGUGUUUGAGUACUAUAAAGACCUAAUAGGCUUUAAGCAAUGUGGGGAGCCUGCACGUCUGAUGAGGUACAUUGAACCUAAAGAGGCAGAAUACUUGGAUGCUGCAGCUGGGGUUCAUAUCAGAUUCAGACUAGGUGGGGCAAAGUUCCCUCCAUGCAUAUAUUACAAAGUAUUUACCCACAGACCUAUUGUGGAUAUGUGUGCUAACAGUCCUAAAAACUAUGCACAGCUUUCAGUCUUAAAGGCGCAACGAGGAAAGUCCCAGGGAGACAAUAAGGAGGACUUGUGCGGGUGGUACCAACGGCUAGAGAAUAAUGGCUGGAGACUUCUUUCCCCCAGGUUUUGGAAGGCCCUGGACAGUAUAACUGCUGAAGAUAAUGUUAAAGUAAAGGAAUUUCAUUGUAACAAGUUGAAGAAGAAAGAAGAAAUGAUGAAAAAAAGAAAAAGGAGAAAAAUAGAAUGGCUACAACAAAUGUACUUUGGACAACACCUGCAGGUUAAAACACUGGACCCAACUGAAACAUUCUUAAUCCAACGAGCAACACAAGGAUUGAUCACCUGCCUGGGAGAUGAAGGACUAGAUAGCGUGAUGGAAUGGGAAGUGGAUGAAAUGUUAAAAUGGACAACUGCACUCAACUAUGAAGAGUACGUCAAGCAAUGGAAAGCACUUGGAACGAGCAAGCUUUCAGAAGACUUCUCAGGUUUCUGGUUUACUGAGCAUCACAAACCUUCUGAAUUGUCUGAGAUACAAGAGGCAGCCCACAAAGCAGAACCUCUUCAACAGACACCAAGUUUGAUGAAAAAACCCUCUGUACGAAGAUCCCUGUAUAAAUGAAGAUGAAUUUCAAAGGGGAAAGAGCCAGAAAAAAUUCUUUACAAGUAUUAAUCACACUGGUAAUUUCUUUCAACUAAGUAAAACAAAGCUUCAGCAAGCAAAAAAUCGUUCAGGAGGUGGAAUGUAGAAAGAGAAUCCCAGUUGUUGCAUAUGUCAGCCUUAUUCCUAUAUUUCCUGGCACAUGAAUACAAUAUCCAAAUCAGUUUGAAGUCAGCUCUAAUAGUACUUUGCUGUAUGUGGUUAUACAUUCUUAAAUGAAGAAAUUAUUGGAUUAGACUGUUGCUCUGCCUUGGUUGUAAGUUAGAAGUUAGGAUAAGGCUGAGAACAGGGGGAGGAAGCUCUCCUCUACUAUAUCAGACUAAGGACAAAGAACAGUCCUUAAGCAAGAACAGAGAAUUUUACCAAUAAGUAACCUGGAAUCCACAGAGAAAGUGACUGCCCCCUUACAAGGAUGAAAUAGUCCAUGGUACUAAUACCAUCACAAAGUACCAGAGGUGAGCUUCUUCCAACUUGCCCUAUAGCUUAGUUUUGUUCCUUUUUACUGCUACAUUGCAAGGAAAUAAAGUGCAGAAUAUGUUUUGGAGAUAAAGAAA